CGUGCAAAAGGCCUAAAAAUUUAAAGAAAGUAGAGCGAGAAAGAGUGAGUUCAUUUUAGAGAGAGAAAGUGAGGGGCAUUGUUAAUGUAAGAAACGUAGAGGGAAAAUGACAAGAAAGGAAGAAAUGUGCAGUUCUUUAUAUGUGAAAGUAGAGAGAGAAAACGACAAAGUGCCAAAGUGGGUUCUUUUGUGACAGAAAAGAGAGAGAAAGAGGUGAGCAGUUUUAUUGGAUUUUUGUGUUGAAGUUCAAGCAGAACCACCUCACCCUGCAAAGUUUGCUUGCUUCAUCUGGGUUUUUGAGAGAGAGAGAGAGAGAGAGAGAGAGAGAGAGAGGUAGAGCUCUUGUGUGGUUGGUGAUGAUCAGUGUGCUUGAGCUCUAACCUACACUACUGGGUCUGUGCGUAGUGUAGCACUGUGAGAGUGAGAAAGAGAGAGCUCUGUUUUUUAGUAUUUUGGGUAUUUUGUUUUGGUGGGUUUACCAAAUGGGUUUUGCUCAGUUAAGCAGAGGGAGGUCAAGGAGAGCUCUAGCUCUGACUCUUUGCGUAUGGAGCUUGAUCUCUCUGUCUUGUGCUGCUAGAUUGACUGACUCCUCAAGGCAGAAGCUUGAUGUCCAGAAGCACCUCAACCGCUUGAACAAGCCCGCCGUGAAAAGCAUCAAGAGCCCAGACGGGGACAUAAUAGACUGCGUUCAUAUCUCUCAGCAACCUGCUUUCGAUCAUCCUUACCUCAAAGACCACAAAAUCCAGAUGAGGCCUAACUACCACCCAGAAGGGUUAUUUAAUGAGAACAAGGUAGCUGAAAAAACAAAAGAAAGAUCAAACCCACAAGUCCAGCUAUGGCACACGAAUGGUAGAUGCCCUGAAGAUACUAUACCCGUUCGGAGAACAAGGCAGGAAGAUAUUCUGAGAGCAAGCUCAGUCAAAGCAUAUGGAAGGAAGAAGCAGAGAUCCAUACCAAAGUCAGCAGAUCCUGAUCUUGCGAAUGAGAGUGGUCAUCAGCAUGCAAUAGUUUAUGUCAAUGGAGAUAAAUAUUAUGGAGCAAAAGCAACCAUAAAUGUCUGGGAACCCAAGAUACAACAACCUAAUGAGUUCAGCUUGUCUCAGCUGUGGAUAUUAGGAGGGUCUUUUGGUGAAGAUCUGAACAGCAUUGAAGCUGGUUGGCAGGUCAGCCCAGAUCUCUACGGUGACAACAACACAAGACUGUUUACCUACUGGACUAGUGAUGCAUAUCAAGCCACUGGUUGCUACAACCUCCUCUGCUCAGGCUUUAUUCAAAUCAACAGUGAGAUAGCAAUGGGUGCAAGCAUCUCUCCUGUUUCUGGCCUUCGAGGAUCCCAAUAUGAUAUCAGUAUACUCGUCUGGAAGGAUCCAAAGGAGGGGCAUUGGUGGAUGCAGUUUGGCAAUGACUAUGUGUUGGGUUAUUGGCCUUCUUUCCUCUUCUCAUACUUGGCUGACAGUGCUUCCAUGAUUGAGUGGGGAGGUGAAGUUGUCAAUUCAGAGCCUGAUGGGCAGCACACCUCAACUCAAAUGGGGAGUGGACGUUUCCCUGAGGAGGGAUUUGGGAAGUCCAGUUAUUUCAGGAAUAUUCAAGUUGUUGAUAGCUCCAAUAAUCUCAAGGCCCCCAAAGGGUUGGGCACCUUCACUGAGCAAUCCAACUGUUAUGAUGUUCAAACUGGCAGCAAUGGGGAUUGGGGGCAUUACUUUUACUAUGGAGGCCCAGGUAAAAACCCAAAUUGCCCAUGAAGUGAAAAAGAAAACCUAUUUCAGCCUCCCUCCCUCUACUUUUCCUAUGUAUCAUUCAAUCUUAGUGUAAUACCUUUUCUUCUCCUUUGUAUACCCUUUUUCACUCUUAGGUUGGGCAAGUAGCAGUAGUAGUACAUGUGACCCUUUCUGUAGUGGGAAGUUUUGACUCUUUGUUUUUUAGUAAAAGAAGAAUCUCCAUGUAAGUGGAUAUGUGAAGGUGGCCAAGUUUCUCAAAAGCCUAAAGAAACGAGGUCUUUUUAUUGUAUUCUAUUUUGUUUGUAUACUCCUCUCUUGGAGUGGCUUGUUAAGUGAAUGAAAUGAAUGAGUUUCGUUUCGGGUCC